UCAACAUGGACAACCUAACCGACUCACGCAGUACAGCGGAGGAUGUAGCGGCGGCACCUGUGGAUAGAAUGGGGUCUCUGGACAAGGCAUUAGAAGACAGUGGCAAUGAUGCUUUGCGAGGGCCAAAGGCGGUUGCGGCGGUGCAGGUUCUUCCAGAGGGAUACCUUCCCCUUGCGACGCGGUUGGGCCUUGCCCUGCCAGACGCUACGACUUCAAGUCUUCUUCAAAUUGAGAGCUUUGACGUGCUGAAAGCCAAGGUACGGCAACUCGCCCUACACUCGGGCUUCCAAGUCAAGCUGGACGGGCGUAGCGACAAACGGCGACAGUGGAAGUGUACAAGCCAUCGCAGUUGCCCGUUUUCGAUCGUUGGCAACCGCAACCGGUACGGCAUCUUUGUCAAACCUCACCUCCCGCACAACCAUGCAUUCCACGUCCACGAAGCCAUGAACAAGCGCUUCACCACGGGCACCACACACGAACUCGCGUGCAUAGUGCGGCGAUCGGCGCUAUUUGCCAACCACGACCUGUUUCACAUUUCUGGGAUACAGAUCGCCAACUGCAUCUUCGACGUCACGGGGUUCCACAUCAACCAAAUGCGUGCGAGCCGCAUCAAGCGCAUGCUGCUGGAGGACCCAGACGGGUACGCGUCCCCUGGCGGCGCCACCCCCGACUCCCGCCUGGCGUCGUCGUCCUCGUCGUUCUUGCCCGUGAUUCCACCUGCUUCCAAUCUCGUCGGAAACAACAGCCAGAUCACACCGGAUAGCGUGGCGUGGGAGUGCUUUGUCGUGCUCGCCAACGACCCGCUCGUGUUCUCCACACUCGGCAUGGCCAACGUCAAGAAGAUGGUCGCAACGUUCAGGCGCGACGUGCACAAGCCGACGCUGCGAGCGAUUCUGCGCAUGAGCGUCCACGACGACCCCACCAGUCCAUCCGGGAACCGACCGGUGCCGGCCAAGUUUGUCGACGCCUACCAGCGCCAAGUCGCGCUCGGGUUCUUUGACGACAUCGUCGUGGACAGCAGUAGCCAACUAGUAGUACCCCCCACGUCGAACAUAUCAUCCACCGCAACAACUGGACCAUUGUGCCCCCCUCAAGGUCCCCCUCCUAUUCCACAUUGAAUAUAUAAUGACUCUAUCAUGGAGAGGUCAAGUAUUCUGAAUGACGGCACCAUGGGCUAUAU